ACCAAAUGAAUUGAUGUUGACAUAUUCACCAGAUUGCCUGCAGAAUCGCUUGUCCAAUUCACAUGCCUGUCCAAGCUGUGGUCUCAGGUUAUCAUUAAGUUCUCAAUUCUUCCUCGACCUCCUUCACCAUAUCAAUCAAACAAAUAAAAAGUUUCUCCUUCAGAUUAAAUGCAAAAGAUCUCUGCAGCUUUGAUUAAUCUCAGAUGUAGAGAUACUGAACACAUCCCUGCAUGGUUGGUGGUUGUUUAAAAUUGUUGGUAGCUUAUGAUUGUCACAGCUUUUUUGUUCUAAAUCCUUCCAUCAAAAGACUCAAGUUUCUCCCCAAUCCUCCUCCUUGAAGUUUCUACCUUGGCUCCCUAUGUGAUGUUGAUGUUGGUUUUGGUUAUGAUUCCUCCACCAAUGAUUUCAAAGUGAGCUUUAAAGAGAUUGCAUUACCAAAUUGUUUUGGGGAAGAAGAAGGUUUUUAUAAAGUUCUCCGUGGCGUGGGCGGAGUUGAAGGGGAAAAUAUCCAUCUUGGUGGAUUGCAAUUCCCAGGAAUAUUUCAACAAAGGAAUUGCUUGAUUUGAGGUAUGGAUGAUGCUGGAGAAUUCUACUUGGAGCAAGCAACGUACAACCGAAGUUGGCCUCCAACUUGGCCCUUGCCAAGGGCUUUUAUGGAUGGGGAUAAAUGACCAAGUUGUGUUACUAAUCACAAUGGAGAAAGGGAUGUGUCGCCAUCUUAUUUCUUAUGACCUCGAGACCCUCACUAUCAGUGACAUUAAAGAACUCCAAAACUUGAUACCUUCAUGUGGUUUAACUUACACACCAAGCUUGGCUUUACUCGGGGAAGAAAACCAUUGGUUCAUUGACUCCUCUAAACUCCUUGAUUUAUAUUUAAUAGUUAGUUAGAAUGCUACUAAAUUAGUUCUGUUUGGUUCAUGUUAAAUAUGUUAAUAUAUAUUACAAAAGGGUUUUUAUAGUUUUUCUUAUAAAAACUACAAACACCUCAGUCUCAGGAUUAAUAGAGUUUUGGUGAGGUGUUAGUAAAUGAUCUUUUUGAUC